CCCCGCCUCCAGCCGCUGCGCCGCAGCGCAGUGGGCUCGCGGCCGCGCGCAACAGGCCGUGCCAGGUUUGCAUCUCGUUACUGCUUUGUCUCGAAGACAGAACGAUGCCAAAGAAAGCAAAGCCUGCAGGGAGUGGGAAGGAAGAGGGGCUGGUUCCCUGUAAGCAGAUGAAGGUAGAAGCAGCUGGGGGGCCUUCAGCUUUAAACUUUGACAGUCCCAGUAGUCUCUUUGAAAGUUUAAUCUCACCCAUCAAGACAGAGACUUUUUUCAAGGAGUUCUGGGAGCAGAAGCCCCUUCUCAUUCAGAGAGAUGACCCUGCACUGGCCACAUACUAUGGGUCCCUGUUCAAGCUAACAGAUCUGAAGAGUCUGUGCAGCCGGGGGAUGUACUAUGGAAGAGAUGUGAAUGUCUGCCGGUGUGUCAAUGGGAAGAAGAAGGUUUUAAAUAAAGAUGGCAAAGCACACUUUCUUCAGCUGAGAAAAGAUUUCGAUCAGAAAAGGGCAACGAUUCAGUUUCACCAACCUCAGAGAUUUAAGGAUGAGCUUUGGAGGAUCCAGGAGAAGCUGGAAUGUUACUUUGGCUCCUUGGUUGGCUCGAAUGUGUACAUAACUCCCGCAGGAUCUCAGGGCCUGCCACCCCAUUAUGAUGAUGUUGAGGUUUUCAUCCUGCAGCUGGAGGGAGAGAAACACUGGCGCCUCUACCACCCCACUGUGCCCCUGGCACGAGAGUACAGCGUGGAGGCCGAGGAACGGAUCGGCAGGCCGGUGCAUGAGUUUCUGCUGAAGCCGGGUGAUUUGUUGUACUUUCCCAGAGGAACCAUUCAUCAAGUGGACACUCCUGCGGGGCUGGCCCACUCGACUCACGUGACCAUCAGCACCUACCAGAACAAUUCAUGGGGAGAUUUCCUUUUGGAUACCAUCUCGGGGCUUGUAUUUGAUACUGCAAAGGAAGACGUGGAGUUACGGGCCGGCAUACCCCGGCAGCUGCUCCUGCAGGUGGAAUCCACAACUGUUGCAACAAGACGAUUAAGUGACUUCCUGAGGACACUUGCGGACCGGCUGGAGGGCACCAAAGAACUGCUUUCCUCAGACAUGAAGAAGGAUUUUAUUACGCACAGACUCCCCCCUUACUCUGCGGGAGAUGGGACAGAGCUGUCAACACCAGGUGGAAAGUUACCGAGGUUGGACAGUGUAGUGAGACUGCAGUUUAAAGACCACAUUGUCCUCACAGUACUGCCAGAUCAGGAUCAAUCUGAUGAAGCUCAAGAAAAGAUGGUGUAUAUCUAUCAUUCCUUAAAGAACAGGAGAGAGACACACAUGAUGGGAAAUGAGGAGGAAACAGAGUCUCAUGGACUUCGCUUUCCUUUGUCACAUUUGGAUGCACUGAAGCAAAUUUGGAACAGUCCAGCUAUUUCUGUCAAGGACCUGAAACUUACUACAGAUGAGGAAAAGGAAAGCCUGGUAUUAUCCCUCUGGACAGAAUGUUUAAUUCAAGUAGUCUAGUGCCUUUGCAGAAUCAAAUGCCUACUAUUUUAUAUGCACAUAUUAAAAGAAAAGCAGCAAAGAAAGACCUGAGCCAAGGAGCGGAUGAAAUCAAGUUUCCUUACCUGCAUAUCUACUCUUACCUGCAUAUCUACUAACAUGAGACCUCCCUGUUACAGGUGGUCAGUUGGCCAAAUGUACUAAUGAGCACAUGAAAGAAAGAACAGCAAAUUACCAAGUGUCUCAGAAAAUGACAAAACCAUAUUUUGACAAGUUUAUUUAAUCCAGUGUGGUAGAAAAGGCACAAUUCCAAUGUAUCACUUAGAAUUGAAUGUCAUUAACCUGGCUUUGUUCCUUGGAAGAAACAACUUCUUUAAAGAGCUUCUUUGGCUCUAGAAAAAUUUCAAACAAUUAAAAUAAGAAAAAAUUGUAAAUUGGUUUUUUACAGUGAAAAUAUACAUACCUUUGUGUGUAGACAAGCCCAUGCCCAUUAAAAUAAAGUUAUCCUGUAACAUAAAUUUUAUUAAUUAAAUAAUACUGCCCCACAGAUGAGAGGCACGCAACACCUAUGGACAAAAGGGAGUUACAGAGGCUGCUUAAAAGAUGGAGAAAAGCCUGAGAUUGAAGGAGGAAAAAACCCAGUAUUUAAAGUCUAUAAAAAAUACUCAAAAUAGUGGGCCUUCGAGUUUAAAAUAGUCAUUGUUAUUUUACAUUCUAAAGUGCAUAUAGGUUGAUACUUUUUAAAAUAUCAUUGGAGAAUUUAAUCUUUAUAAAAAUAGAGCAUUUUUCUGCUUUCUGGCAAAAGUUGGGGAUAAAAGGAAAAGUUGUCUUAAUGUAAGUUUGACUCCAAUUCAGCAGGAAAAAAUGCUUGUGAAUUGUGCAGUAAAAGGUGGUAAUGACUACUGGAAGCUAAGUCAAAGGUGAUUUCCUACCUGAUUUUACUUAAAUAAAAGUUACU